UGGCCGCUCUCUUAUGUACACUUACGAGCGACUCAAAUACAAGAAGGCAAUUCACGUAGUUGGGACCCUUCUUCAGGCUAUGGCGAUGGAUCCUCGAUCUUAUCCGCGUCUGCCCCCCGAGCUGAUGCAGCUCAAAUCGUCAGCUUCGACUCCUUCUUUGCGAUCGCGAGAAUCGGUUGUGGUCCCGCUCGAACGAGAGCGGCGAUCCCUGGACAAUUCAGGUGGAAAUGUGCGCGUUGUGGUCCGCGUUCGAGCCUUUUUACCGCGAGAGAUCAACAAGGGAGCACAAUGCCUGAUAGAUAUGGAUCCUGUCACCAAUGUGACAAAACUACUCGUCCCAGAGUCAGCAGAGAAUUUUGAUCCUCGGACAAAAGGGCGAAAGGUUGUCGAGGAAAAGAGCUUUACCUUCGACAAUUCGUUCUGGUCACAUGAUGAAGCAGAUGAGCACUAUGCGCAUCAAGAGGAUGUCUACAACUGCUUGGGUGAAGAGUUCCUGGAUCAUAAUUUUGAAGGCUACCAUACGUGCAUCUUUGCAUACGGUCAGACUGGUUCUGGAAAGAGUUACACUAUGAUGGGCACGCCUGAGCGGCCAGGGUUGAUCCCGCGGACAUGUGAAGAUCUCUUUCAGAGGAUCGAGUCGAACCCGUCUCCGAAUAUCAGCUAUAGUGUCCGUGUUUCAUAUUUUGAAGUCUACAACGAGCAUGUUCGCGAUCUCUUCGUCCCACGCCGGGACCCGCCCAACUAUCUCAAGAUUCGAGAAUCACCAACAGAAGGUCCUUAUGUCAAGGACCUGACAGAAGUUCCGGUAAAAGGCUACAUAGAUUUGAUGCGGUACAUGAGAAUGGGCGAUCUUAACCGCACAACUGCUUCCACGAAGAUGAAUGAUACGUCAUCUCGAUCGCAUGCUGUUUUCACGAUUAUGCUAAAACAAAUCCAUCACGACAUGGAAACUGAUGAAACAACUGAGCGUCUUGCCCGCAUUCGUCUUGUUGAUCUUGCUGGCUCAGAGCGUGCCAAGUCCACAGAAGCAACUGGCCAACGACUUCGAGAGGGUUCCAACAUCAACAAGUCCUUGACGACCUUGGGUCGAGUUAUCGCUGCUCUGGCGGAUCCUCGUCAUGGUCGCUCUGGUGGAAAGAAGCAUAAGGAGAUUGUACCCUACCGAGACUCGAUCCUCACGUGGCUGCUCAAAGACAGUCUAGGCGGUAACUCAAAGACAGCGAUGAUUGCGUGCAUCGCACCCAGCGACUAUGACGAAACGCUCUCCACGCUACGAUACGCCGAUCAAGCCAAGCGCAUUCGUACUCGGGCUAUUGUCAACCAAGAUUCCGUUUCAGCUGCCGAAAGAGAUGCCCAGAUCGCCGAGAUGCAGGAAACGAUUCGUAUGCUGCAAGUCAGUGUAAGCUUCCAGCAGGCCGCUACAAGGCGGGAAAACGACAUGCAGAGCCAGCAACUGGAAGAGUACCAGAAGCAAGUCGAAAAGAUUCAACGUCUCAUGGAAGAGGAUAGACAAAUCAGCGAAUGCAAGAUUAGAGCACUUCAGACAGAGAAUGAGGCGCUCAGACUGCACCUAAAGUUGGCCGUCGAGUCCUUAAAGAAUCCGAUUCCUGUACCGCCUGCCGAAACCGGUAGGCGCUCCUUGAGCAUGGGCUCCAAUCCAGAAGCUCCUGAGAUCAGCUUCGAAAGAGAGGACAGUCCCACGCCGGACUCGGAGCCAGGACUCGAUUGGGAUGAUGAAGAUACCCCAGAGGCAAGCGAUAUUGAAGCUGUUGAAAUGCAAGAGCAUCUUCAGGAUCUUCUGAAGGAUCUGGGACUUUUCAGGAGGAAGAUUGCGGAUGAUCACACAAGAUUUGUCAAGCCGGAAACUGGGCCCACGGUACCGGUAUUCUAGGGAAGCCGAUGAGGGACCUUGGCUACUGGGUUCAGGAAUGCGUCACGACCAAAUUGUAACUUCUUUUGUUGUAUUAGCGUGAUAAAGCGUCGGGUUUAAUUUUAAACGAUGAUAAUUAAUUUGAUGCAAGGCGCUAGGCUGUCUUCAUUGUCAAUGGAUAUCAUAAAUACUCAAUUAGAAAGAUGCUCU